AUGAGAUGCGAUGAAAAAUCUCACUCAAUGACUCCACAAAUUAAGAUCUUAAGAACUGUUAGUCAGGUAAGGCAAUGGAGAUUAGAAUGCUUACUUAAACAACAAAAAGUAGGUUUUGUACCAACUAUGGGAGCUUUACAUAAAGGUCAUUGUUCUUUAGCUACUCAAAGUUUGAAAGAUAAUGAUAAAUCAAUAGUUUCUAUAUUUGUUAAUCCUUCACAAUUUGCUCCUCAUGAAGAUCUUGACGCAUAUCCUAGAACAGUAGAUGAUGAUUUGAGGAUCUUAGAUUCCUUAAAUGCUGAUGGUAAGAAGAUUGAUGCUUUAUUUUUACCCAAAAUAUCAGAAAUGUAUCCUAAUGGUAUCACAACCGAGGUAUCUCAACAAAGAGGUGCUUUCGUUUCAGUUAAAGGAUGUUCUGAACAAUUAGAAGGCAGUAUACGUCCUCAGUUCUUCCGUGGUGUUGCUACAGUGGUGACAAAAUUAUUAAAUGUAGUUCAACCAACUAAUGUGUACUUUGGUCAAAAAGAUGCUCAACAAUGUGUGGUGAUAAAGAACUUAGUCAAAGAUUUAUUGAUUGAUACCAAUGUUGUGGUGUUACCUACAAUGAGAGAAGAAAAUGGAUUAGCCAUGUCUUCCAGAAAUGCUUAUCUUUCCCAAGAAACUAAAGAUAGAUCUUCCAUAAUAUAUAAAUCCUUGAAAAGAGGUGAAGAUUAUUACCUGAAAGCAAAAGGUACCGUACCACUGAAAGAUAUAAUAGACGUUAUGAAUGAAACUUUACAGCAUGAGGACUUUGAAGUGGAAUAUUUAUCCAUAAGUCAUCCUGAUACCUUAGAAGAUUUAGAAGCUGUUGAACCUGGUGUAGGGGCCAUCAUCUCAACUGCUGUCAGAGUUCCAAGAGAGAAUUCCACUGAAAAAACUAGAUUGAUAGAUAAUAUCGUACUUCAUUAA